CCGAUCCCGAUUUAGCGCGCGUGCUUUCCCUCCAUCUGCCCUAUUUCUUUUCUUCUCCCGUCCAAAUCGCCACAGAUCGUCCCGACCAGUUCUCGCCACAACUCUUCCCUCUCCUCGACGUUGUCCUCACCGUGAAUCCGAGUCUUCUCCGUGACGCGUUGGCAUUCCUCACCAAGUUCUCGCCAUAGCUCUUCCCUUUCCUUGACGUUAGGUUUUUUCCUCGACGUCAACCUCGUCGCGAAUCUUCCUUCUCCGUGACCUCGCCGUGACUCUUCCCUCUCCUCGACGCAGUUCCUCGCCAGAUGGUGCAGGAAAGAGAAUGAGGGAGCUCUGCUGAGCUGGUAAUUGAUUGGGGCUGCAAUGUCUUUUCCUUGUCUCCAAGAUCUGGGAGCUGCUUUUAUAUCUGGACAGAAUGAACAUAAACAGAUUAGCGCCUGCUCCAAGAAAAAUGUCAUGUCUUCCUCCUUAGGCUCAUCUAGUUUUCCUACUUCACAAAAACAGGACAACGUUAAAACUCGUCCUACUUCAAUUCUUGAAAUGGAAAGUAGUCAGCUUAGCCCAAUAUCUAUUCUGGAGGCUUCAUUUUCAAAUGACAGUUGCUCAAUUGGGAGCCUCAAUGCGAGUUCAGUCGGAAAGCUGCAGGUUGGUUUGGUGGGAAAUUGCAACACACCACAAUCAACUGAUACAGACGUUGAUCUUUUGGAUUCAGCAACUUCAGUUGAUCUCAGAAGGUCUAUUUUAGACAAAAUCCAGCAUAUGAGUCGCAUAACUUCAAGUGCCGAUGACAUUCCUUAUGAAGUUGGAUUCUCAAACUUUGAUUUUUUUGAAGCUAGGCGUUUCAUUUCAAAUGCAGUGCUGUUGUUCUUAUUUUGAGGUUAUGAUAUGAUCUUUGUAUGCUCUAGGUUUUGAAACUGGUGUCAUUUUUGAGGUUAUGAUAGAAGUUGUCGA